CAGGCUUUUUUCCUUAUAUCCUGCGUCUUACGUGAUAUUUUCCUAUGUUGCAUCAUAAUAUAUCUGUUGUACAACAUUUGCUCCGCCAAACAGGCGUUUUUAUCACCUGGUUGCCUGUCUUUCUUUUUAUACAUGAUCAUCUUGCAAGUAUUGGGAUGGUUCAGGGUGAAUCAAUGAAGCCUACGUUAAAUCCAGAUAUAAAUGGGUCAUGGCAUGACUGGGUUUUCCUUAAAAGAUGGGGUCUUGUGCGUUCAGAUGGUAGUCUUGAUAUUAAACGCGGCCAAGUUGUGAUGAUGAAGUCACCGGUUGAUCCAGAGACCUAUCUUGCCAAGCGUGUGCUUGCUCUUGAAGGGGAUUAUGUACAAACACGUACACGUGCAGCAUAUUGUGUAAAAAUACCAAAAGGGUAUGUAUGGGUUGAAGGGGAUGAGGGGUUUCGUUCUCGUGAUAGUAAUACAUAUGGGGUUGUUCCAACUGCUUUAAUUUCAGCAAAAAUCACACAUAUUAUAUGGCCAUGGUGGAGAAUUGGAAGGAUUGAGUUGGGUUCUGGACGGCAUCAAAGGGUGUAUACGAUGGAUAAUGUAAAUAAUGAGUAAAGGAUUUGAAUGAGGGGGUUGUAUAUGGAUAAAAAUGGG